AUGUUUUCUCGUUUAAAAUAUCAUUUUAAAACUACAAUUAUAGUAAAGAACAUUUACAAUAAUUGGAAAAUAAACCGCCCAUUUUCUACACAUUUACCUUCACCAGUUGGUCAUCUGAAAAAGGAUCGAACAACUCGUUUAUUUAUCAAUGGAGAAUUUGUUGAAUCAAAGACUGAUAAUUGGAUUCCUGUUUAUAAUCCUGCAACUAAUGAAUUAGUAACCAGCGUUCCGGAAACUACACCGCGAGAAUUGAAUGACGCGGCAGAAUCUGCCGCCGAAGCAUUUAAAUCUUGGCGAAAAACUACAAUUCUCACUAGACAACAAAUAUUAUUAAAUUUACAGCUUUUAAUCCGCGAAUAUACCGAUAAAAUAGCGAAUUCUAUCACUGAAGAACAAGGCAAAACCUUAGCUGACGCAAAAGGCGAUGUUUUACGUGGCAGACAAGUAGUAGAGAACGCAUGCGGUAUUACAAAUCUGCUUAUGGGUGAAAAAUUAGCUGUAGCUACAGAUAUGGAUACAUACACCAUGAGAGAGCCAUUAGGAGUUACGGCUGGUAUUUGUCCAUUUAAUUUUCCUGCUAUGAUACCGUUAUGGAUGUUUCCUUUGUCUAUUGCUGCUGGAAAUACAAUGAUUAUUAAACCUAGCGAACGUGAUCCGGGUGCUAUGAUGAUACUUGCUCAAUUGGCGAAAGAAGCGGGUGUCCCAGAUGGUGUCUUGAAUGUUGUUCAUGGAUCUGUCGGAACUGUAAAUUUUUUGUGCGAUAAUGAACAUGUUAAAGCGAUCUCAUUUGUAGGGAGUGACAAAGCGAGGUACUUCACAUGGAAAGAGAGUACAGGUGCAAAAAAUCACGGUGUUAUAAUGUCAGAUUCCAAUAAGAACCAUACCUUAAAUCAAUUAACUGGUGCUGCUUUUGGUGCAGCAGGACAACGCUGUAUGGCGUUAUCCACCGCUGUUUUUGUCGGGGAAGCACAGGAAUGGCUUCCUGAACUCGUGGAACGUGCCAAAAAGCUCAAAAUAGCUGGAGGAUUUGAACCUGAUGUCGAUAUUGGACCCUUAAUAUCCCGAGAUGCGAAAGCACGUGUCGAAAGGUUGAUUCAAAGCGGAGUUAAUCAAGGAGCAAAAUUAGUGUUGGAUGGACGUAAUCCGAGAGUUCCUGACAAAUAUAAAAAUGGAAAUUUUAUUGGGCCAACCAUUUUGUCUAAUGUUACUAUAGAUAUGAAAUAG